CCUCCUCCUCGCGCUCUCUCAGAGCAGAACCGGAGCAGAGGUUCGGAGGUACCGCUCCUCUGUGCGCGCGGCUCCGUGAUUGUACUCACGCGCGCUCCUGUGUGUGUUUGUGUGUGCGUGCGUGCGCGGGAAAGCCCCGGAGGAGGAGGAGGAGGAGGAGGAGGAGGAGCGGCUCGGAGUUCUGAGGACUUUCUCCGAACAUGGACCGGACUGGAAGUUUGGUUCUGGUCCCGGUCCUCCUGCUGCUCUGCACGGGACACACGCGCACGAGCGCAGAGACUUUCAAAGCCUGUCUGAUGGGUCAGGGUCCGGACUGUACUCUGGUCCAGUCCAAAGAGGAUGACUUUGACUGGGAGAAGGGAGACCCCAGAGAUCGUCCAACCAGUAAUCCAUGGAUUCCUUCAG